AUGCCCACAACGCGUCGCCUGGGUCCCCCUUCGACGUUCGAACGUGCCUGGAUCGUCGAUAUCAAUUCUGUUUGGGUAUCUCCGGCCCACACCGGAGCCCAGAGACCACCGGACUUUAAGCCUCGUCUGAGGUACACCGUCGCUCAGGGAGAGCCAAGCGCCGAAAAUACCCUUCUGCGAGACCUUUGCCAGGACCUCCCAGCGCUUCCCGGGCCCCUUACUGCGACUGCCUCUCGCUCGCGCUGUUUCAAGCCGGCGACGCGGAUAAGCUCUGGCCCCUCCCCAUCACCACGCCCGCCUGGCAUCCCCUGGUCGAAUCUCGUGCUGAGAUCCAGUCAUCCUUUCCUACUGAGGGAUUGCCCCUCCAACGACCCCUCCAUACAGGCCGCGCCUCGCGUCCCAAGAUGCGCGACAUCCGUGGCAUGGCCAAGAAUGAGGACAGGAUUCCGAGUCUCGACAGAAACUCUGUUCCUGAGUGAUGGCAAACGGUGGCCAAAUGCUGAAGAAUCCUCUUCUUCGCUGGACAUCCGCGCCAAACAUACAAGUGCAUGCAGGCAACAGCCGCCGGUGCAUCAACUGCAGAGAUAG